AUGAUUAAAAUAAUUUUACUUAGUUUCCUUAUUAUUAUAUUUUUUUCUAAUGUGUUUAACAAAAAGCUAUAUAAUAUAUAUAAAAAGAACACAAAAAAUAAUUUAACAUUUAUAAAUGUUUUAAAAUGUAAACAAAAAUACCAACUUAAUGCUAAAAAAUUUAUUAAUUUUAAGGAAAUACAGCUACAGCGAAUAACUGAAUAUAGAAAAAGAAGUGGAUCAAACAAAAAUAAUAUCAACUAUAAUUCAAGAGAUAAAUAUAAUUAUCAUGAAAAUUUAAACGAAGUAUUGCCAACUUUAGCUAAAAUAGAAAAUGAAAAAUUAAAAGAAAAAGAAAAAUACAGAGAAAUAUUUAGGAAUAUUAAUGAUUAUAAUAUUCUUUUUACUAGACAAACAUUUUUGCAAUUUCUUAUUGAUUUAUAUAACAUUUUUUUAAAAAUUGAUGAAGCAUUUAUAAUUUAUAAAAAGGAUUUCUCACCUCUUAUUUAUAUUGGGCCUAUGCAAUUAACUAAUUAUCUUUAUAAUGAUAUCAUUUAUUUAUCAUCUAUAGUUGAUAAUCCUGAUGAUAUAACAGUUAGCCAAUAUGGUAGAGAAUAUAUUUCUUAUCUUGAAGAAUUAUGUGAAAAAAAUAAAUUAAAAUUUUUGGCUCAAUCGUAUGUAUUUUAUAAAAAUUUUCAUUUAACAAAAGAACAUUUAUUGAAUAGCAUUUGCAAAUAUUUGAAUAUAUUCAAAAAACUAAAAUCAUCAACUUACGUUUCUGAUGUUUCUAAUUUUGAAUAUUGUCUCAAUAAAAUAAGUAGAAAAUGGAGUAGAUGGGAAAAAGAUCAUUUUUUAUCAGGUCUUUAUGAUGCAACUGACAAAAUGAUGAUAUUAACAAAACAUUUUCAACAGACAAAAAAAUAA